AUAAUUCCAAACCAAACCAUGGGCUAAGUCCUACCCACUCCUCCUUCAUAUAUUGAAGAACCUAAAACACACAUUUUGUGCAAAAUAGCAUUUCCAAACCGCUUCAAUUUCAUUCUGCUUCAUAUCAAUUUUGGUAACCCAAAUAUUUUUAUGUUGAAGUGUGGCAAGAGACCAUUUCCAAUGAUCGGGAAGCUGUCGGAAUUGCUAGUUUCCGGCAACCGUGCCGGGUUUUUCUUCGACAUGGCCAAGACAAGCCCAAGAAGUCCAUUGGACCUCAAGAUGCAAUCUUCUAGCCCCAGAGGGUUGAAGAAUUAUGAUCUUGGUGGUGUUGGGUUGGGCAUAAUUGCUGCCUUGGAAAAGUCAAGCCAUAAUGGACGUGAGAUUUUGGCGAAGUAUGCGGUUUGUGGUCAAAACCUGAACCAAUCAGAGCCAAUUCCUGUAAGCUCUGCUCAAAACUGUGAUGGGUUUUCUACCAGGGUUCGCCAGGAGUUUGAGGAAGAUAGCUUGGAGAAUUAUACUUAUGUGACUCAGCGUGGACACAACAAGUCUUUCACUAGGGUUUACUAUGAUGGAGGUGACUGCAAAACCAGUUCCAUGCACCAUCAUGUGGAGGAUGAUUUGCAGACUUGUAAUGAUAACAAUCUUGCUUCUGUUUUUCCCACCUCGGAUUUUCUCAGUUCAUGCCAUUUGUGCAAGAAAAACCUCCAUGGCAAAGACAUAUACAUGUACAGAGGAGAGAGUGCGUUUUGUAGCACAGAAUGCAGAGCAACGCAGAUAAUGAUGGAUGAGCGCAAAGAACAGUGCAGAUCAGAAGCUUUAAGAUCUGUGGAAGUUUCAGGGUCAUCUUGUUCAAGAGAUCAAAUCUUCUCAACUGGGAUUCUUGUGAUUUAACAGUCAGUACAUAGGCGGCCUUACACUAAAUACAUAUAUAUGAGAAUUAUCAGCUUUUUGUUUACCUAUAAACCAAAAAAGUAAGAAGAAAAAAAAAGGAAAAUUUUGCCUAAGUUGUAAUCGAUCGACCUUUGUAUUCUGUGAUGACAACAGGAACAUUUUUGAAGAAUAAAGAACAAUUCUAUACUUGGAUUUCAGUUAAAUUUGGAAA